CGAAGACGCGCACCCUCCGGCCGGGGUGACCUGUUGUCCUAGGGGUGGCAUUUCCCCUUCGCGCUCCCUCGCAGCCCCGUCCCCAAAGGUGCUGAGAAGAUGACCUCCUCAGGUGCCCCAGGGACCCGCAUGACAUCCACAGUCAGUAUCAACAUUUCUACCCCAUCCUUCUACAACCCACAGAAGAAGUUUGCACCUGUGGUUGCCCCAAAACCCAAGGUAAACCCCUUCAAGACUGGGAGCGUAUCAGAGUCAUCGUUGCCACAGCCUCCUGGAGCUGGUGCCCAGCGUGCUCAGAUAGGGAAGGUGGGGGAGAUUCCAUCAGCUGCUACAUCCAUGCUGGCAGAAGAGCUACCACUGCCACCUCCUCCCCCUCCAGGAGAUGAGGCAAGUCUUUCCUCAAACACUGCAUUUCCCCCACCUCCACCACCCUUUGAGGAGCCUUUUCCCCCAGCCCCAGAAGACAUUUUUCCUUCUCCUCCUCCACCAAUGUUUGAUGAAGGGCCUAUGAGCAAGGUAGCAGCCCCACAGGUACGUGGCAAGAUGAGCAGCAUUGAUCUUGAGAUUGACUCACUGUCCUUAAUGUUGGAUGACAUGGAGAAGAAUGACCCCUUCAAAUCCCGGGUGUCUCCAGGAUCCAUGGGUUCUCUGGAGAAACAGUCUGCCCCAAAAGGCCACGUGGAAACUCCAUCUGCACCCAAAGAUCCUCCUCAUUCCUUUCCCUUCAAGUUCACUCCAAAGCCAAGUGGAAACUUAUCUUCCAAGUCCCUCGGAGUAGAUGCAGUCCCUGCCACAGCCCCUUGGGCAGCCCCACAGCAGCACAGAGAGCCCCUGGCACCAGUCUCUCCACCCCCCUCUCUUCCUCCUCCGCAGCCUACCCCUAAGUACACCCCACCUCCUGUUGCUGGCUCUCCUAAGCCUGGGUCCAAACCAGGUGCCAGCAUUCCCAUAGCUCUCCCAAACUCUACAAGAUACCCUACCUCCUUUCAGACUCAGUUCACAGCCCCUCCACCUACAGGUCCUUCCUCACAGCCUCCCAGUUUCAACUAUGCCCAGCAGUGGGAAAGACCCCAAGUGCAGGAGAAACCACGUCCUGCAGAACAGCCUGCUGCUGCAAAAAACAUGCAUAAACCCAUAGGCUCCAAUGCAGAUCCCCCUAGGGGAAAUUCUUCUCUGACCAUGAAAGAGGUAGAAGAACUGGAGAUGUUGACUCAGAAACUAAUGAAGGAUAUGGAGCAGCCACCUCCUGCAGAAGCCACUAUUUCUGAGCUCUGUGGUUUCUGCCAGAAGCCCCUAUCACGAACCCAGCCAGCUGUGAGAGCCCUGGACUGCCUUUUCCAUGUGGAGUGUUUCACCUGCUUCAAAUGUGAGAAGCAGCUGCAGGGGCAACAGUUCUACAAUGUGGAUGAGAAGCCCUUUUGCGAGGACUGCUAUGCUGGGACCUUGGAAAAGUGCAGUGUCUGCAAACAGACCAUUACAGACCGUAUGCUGAAAGCCACCGGUAAUUCCUACCAUCCUCAGUGUUUCACGUGUGUGAUGUGCCACAUUCCUCUUGAAGGGGCCUCCUUUAUUGUGGACCAGGCCAACCAGCCUCAUUGUGUGGAUGACUACCACAGGAAAUAUGCUCCACGCUGCUCAGUCUGUAGCGAGCCUAUCAUGCCAGAGCCUGGAAAGGAUGAGACAGUGCGUGUGGUAGCACUGGAGAAAAAUUUCCACAUGAAAUGUUACAAGUGCGAGGACUGUGGGAGGCCCUUGUCCAUCGAGGCAGAUGAGAAUGGCUGCUUUCCACUGGAUGGGCAUGUACUGUGUAUGAAAUGUCACACCGCUCGUGCCAAAACAGCACGCUGAGGAGCUUGGAGUGGGUGUACCCAUUAGACCCCUGCACCCAAUACUCUUCCCCUCCCCACCACUGUCCUGUUCCUCUGCCUGGCAAGGCAGAUCCUACCUUAUGGAGGUACCUUUCCUCAUGUAGGAUUCACCAAUCCUAGACUUCACUCUGCACACCUGCCAAGGAAGCACCCUUUUUCCAGUCACCACAUCCUUGGCCUCAGUGUAUUCAAAGCUGGGGACUGAGUGAGGUGGACAAGAGACCUCUGUUCCUUUAACACUCUUGGAGCAAGAGCUCUUGCUCCGAGACCAGAUCUCUACCACCACCUGGUGGAAGUAGAGAGAAUGGCAGGUGCUGGGCAGGGCUGGGCAUUCUUGUACUCCGUGGAGCCAAGACUGGUUAUUUGACAUUAGCACUGCUAAUGUCUCAGCACUGCUUCUGUCUUUGCUUUUCUUUUUCUUCUACCACCUCAUUAGCAGGAUGCCUUUUCUUGAUUUUUUUUUUUUUUUUUUUUUUUGGUCUUUUCUGUUGGAGGCAGGGCAUACUGGGAAUCUCUGUUCUAGUUGCUGGAAAAAGCUAACCUCCAGUAGGUUUUCUAUUUUUUCUCCAGAAGUGAAUUAUUUCCCAGUGUGGUUUUCUGGACAGCCAGGGUGAGCACCAGAGUAGAAAACCAGUCCAAAGAAUGUAUGUGUUUACAAAUAAAGACUGUCAAAAGAGCUGGCAGCACAUGGUAAGGAGAUGCCUAAUAUAUGGAUGAAAAAUCAGCAGACUGAAGAAUGCCUCCUCUUCCCAAUGUGGGCGUACUUUCACUGCUGUCAAUGAAAGCUUCAGUAUAGCAACAUGCUUGUCUGGCUCUACUUUUUACUGUAUGGAGCCCCACUUCCUGGGUUAGAACCUCUCAAACUGAACAAGUUUCUGGAUGAAUAUACUGUCCAAUCACUGUGUGCAUUUAAUAAAAUGUGGGUGUGGUAGGGGUUGUUUUUUUCAUUAAUGUGACUUUAUUCUAUAUUCGUACAACUGCCCAUGAGAACUGUUAGUUUAGGCAGUAGAGAAUUUAUAGUUGCUAUUUUACCCAGCCUCCAGGGGUAUUAUGAAUCAGAAAAUAGCUUUUCUGUCUACAUCUCUUGGUCUUCUUUGCAAGUUGUUUAGUUUCCUCCUUAACUUCCUGUGCCUGGAGAGUAGCUUUCCUCAAUUAAAUAAAUGGAAGACUACAUGUCAGUACAGCAAGACCGUCGUCUGCUUGGUGCGUCACUGGGAGACGAGUUAUUACAAUCCAUUUGCACCAGACUGGAACCAAGUAAUCAGGAGUACUGAUUUUUGCUUGCUUUGCCUUAACUAUUGCUACUCAGACAGAAAGUUUGUGCUUGAUAUUUACUCAGUCUUAUGUUUUAAGCAUGUUACUGUCUCCAUAACUGCAUGUGAAAUUCAUUUUUUGGAGUGUAGGAGCAUUGAAGCUUACCAAACAGACAUUACUGUGCCCUACUCUUGUUCUCUUGCCAUUUUUUUUUUUUUGAGCAGUCUUUAAUGAUGCUGCAAAUUUAUCCAGUAAAUGCCUGGAAAUUCCCUAUAGGAUGAGCGAACAAUAAACAGAUUUGUGUAUUUGCUUUCAUUUUAA